ACUCGUGUGGUAGUUUUGUAAGCGUAGUUUCAGGGCCCAAAAUUUGGCUUAGUUUGGUGGAUAUAUUUAUUUAAUUGAAAAACGUUUAUAACAAUUAACAAUUAUUGAAAGUAUAUUUUUUGCUGUGUGCCAUAUGUAUAUUGUUCCACUCAUUGCUGACGCCAUUUUGUCGUUGUGUUUUUUAACUCCCAAUUUAAUAAGUUUUGUAGAUGGAACUUGGCAAAAAAAGGUAUAAGGGUGGUCGGACACCUUCAGUAAGGUCCAGUGAAAGGCGACGCCCUCAAAGUAUUUCAACAUCAUCAACAUUAACUCCUCGAGUCGUACUAUCCAGAUUAGAACCGAGAGAUUUUGAGCGCCUUCGUCUAUCGUAUAAAGUAGCCAUUGACCAGAGAAGAUCUCGAAGCUGCCGUGGCAUGAACAUGGGUCAAAAAAUUAGUGGCGGUGUCAAAACAGUUAGCCGUAAUGAUUCGCAGGCUACAUUCAAACCAAUUAUCCCCAGGGAAUUACAAGCAGACUUUGUAAAGCCAGCACGAAUAGACAUUUUGCUAGAUAUGCCGCCAGCGAGUCGCGAAAUUCAAUUAAAGAACUCGUGGAACUCAGAGGACAGAUCCCUUAAUAUAUUUGUAAAAGAGGACGACAAAUUGACAUUUCACAGGCAUCCUGUGGCACAAAGCACCGAUUGCAUACGCGGCAAAGUUGGCCUAACCAAAGGUCUGCACAUUUGGGAGAUUUACUGGCCAACCCGGCAGAGGGGUACGCAUGCAGUUGUGGGCGUGGCCACAGCUGAUGCACCACUGCAUUCGGUUGGCUAUCAAAGCCUAGUGGGUUCCACUGAGCUAAGUUGGGGUUGGGAUUUGGGUAGAAACAAAUUGUACCAUGACUCGAAAAACUGCGCCGGUGUCACAUAUCCGGCCAUAUUGAAGAAUGAUGAAGCUUUCUUGGUUCCCGAUAAGUUUUUAGUCGCUUUAGACAUGGACGAAGGCACCUUGAGCUUUAUUGUCGAUCAGCAAUAUCUGGGAAUUGCAUUUAGAGGGUUGAAAGGAAAGAAACUCUAUCCCGUUGUGUCGGCCGUUUGGGGACAUUGCGAGAUUACAAUGCGCUAUAUAGGCGGACUAGAUCCUGAACCUUUGCCAUUAAUGGAUCUUUGCCGAAGAACAAUUCGACAAAAAAUUGGUCGAGUGAAUUUGGAGGAACGCAUACAACAGCUUCAACUUCCGCAAUCAAUGAAAACGUAUUUAUUGUAUAAAAAUCGUAGAUAAUAUUUUUGAUAAUGGUUAACGAGUAUAAAGUGUAACAGUUUUUAUUCUUGCUGCAUGUGAUGAAAGCAGCAAAGGUAAACUGAUUUAGUUUGUAAUAGUCUUAGAUCAAUGUUAGUUUCUCUGUCGUCAAAGAAGAAAUGUAAAAGUAUAAAGUUCUUAACUAUACUCGAAAUUAGUUUUCAAAUUCGUAUUGUAAUUUAUAAGUCGAAUGCAAUUAAUAUUAUAUUUAAUAAUACCCCGACAUCUCAUUUUGUAAUAAAUUGGAAAGAAAGAAAACUCGUCGCCGCCACACAAACAACAAAAGCAACCAACCAACAAACUUCCUCGAGACGAGUCGAGGAUGUGUGUUUAGGUGUGUGUAUACACAGAUUGUAAAAUAACAUUUACAUAAAACUCAAUUUUUGAAUUAUGUUUUGCUGCUAAUUCAUUCAACACAAACUAACUAACUUAAACACACUCUGUAUUUGGGCCGUGACCAGUUGUCGUGUGCAAUAUCAACGACGAGAGAGCAAUGCCUAUUUCUAUAAUAAUAAGUCAAAUUGUAACUGUCCAAUUUUGUGAUCAGAUCAGAAA